AUGGAUCGAAAUGGUUUCGAUUUCGGCUUCUCCAGUAAUGUUCAAUUUUCAGCAUUAAUAUUCUCCCAUGCUCUAGAUAGAAAGUACGCGUUCCUUCUUUGUAAUGGAAUUCUUGCAUUUCUUGCCAAGAGCCUGAGUUUCAGCUCUUCCUCUAAUGGUGAAAACAUGAACCCAGUUUCUGAGUCGAAAGAGGCUGCGCCGCCUGAAGAUAAUGAAGAAUCAGCCAUUAUUUAUGACACUGAAAAGCUUGCAAUUUCACAGGAAGAGAAGGAUCACAAGGAAAAACAAGAAGAAGUGGAAGAAAGAGAGAGUAGGGUUUUGAUCGUAGAGAGUGAGGAAGAAGAUGAGGACGACGAAGAAGAAAGUGGAUUGAUUAUAGAUGGUGAAGAAGAAGGAAUAAAAGAUGAUGUGAAGGUAAGCACGGAAGAACUGAACAAGAAGUUUGAAGAAUUUAUAAGAAAAAUGAAAGAAGAAAUCAGGAUUGCAGCUGUGUGA